AAAAAAUCUAAAUAUGUAAAUAUGAUUGAUAAUUCUUUAAAUAAGAUAAACCUUAUGUAAUUAUAUGCAGAUUCAAUAGAUUAAUAAUCCUUAUAGAAAUACAGUUAUGAAAGUGAUAAGUCUUUUUUAUCUAAUAAAGUUAACGAUAAGCAAUAAGAUGAGGAGUAAACUGCAAAAUUAUUAAAAUAAGAUUAAAAUAUGAAUAAAAUAAACGAUCAAUCUAAAUUAAUGUUAGUAAAUUAGGAAGCAAGCAAUGAAUAUAAGAUUUUUAAGGGUUAAUUAAAUAAUUUAAAUAGUAAUAUAUAGAGAAAACAAUUGGAUUUUAACUUAUAAAGAAAUAGCUCACCAAAUAUAGCUUCAUUUCUUAAAGAUGAUAAUGUAGUAAGAAAUUUAGAUGAAAAUGUAGCUUAAGAAUCAGAAAAUUUCAAUACAAAAAAUAAAUAAAAUAAUGUGCAUACAAAUUAACUUUUAAUAGUGGGAGAAAGAUAAAAAUAAUAAAUACCAUUAAAAUAGAAUAAUUAAUAAAAUAUUUAAAGUAAUUUAGGAAGCAAGUACUCAGAUAUUAUGAGAAGAAAACAGACUUUAUAAAUGCUUAGCAAUCACAAUGAAAAUAAAUUAAUUUUAUAAUAUGAUAAAUAUUUAAAUACACAUAUUUAUGAUAAUAAAUUUAUUUUGUAAAGAUAGAAGUAGAUCAAAUAAGAUUAAGAUUUAUAUAUGAGCUAAAAAAGCUAAGACUAGAAUAUUUUAAGAGCUACCAUAAGAAAAAAUAAUUUAUAAUUACCUAAUGCUUACAAAGAAGAAGGAGAUUCAAUUUAUAAAGAUAUAAGAUCAGAGAAGUAAAGUGGGUUUUUAUCAGAAAGACUUCACUAUAACGAAACGGAAUUGAUGUCAAUCAAAAAAAAUGAUCAUAUAAAAGAGAGAAAUAAGAUAAGAUAAUUGAAAUUUACAAAUAACUUAAAUCAAAGUUUGCUGAAUGGUUUAGCUGCUUACUAAAAUAGUCUCAAUGGAGGAUAAAGAAAUUAAAAUGAAAAAUUUGGAACCUUUAGAUCUAAAUUCUUGGAAAAGAGUUUGAUAGAAUCCAAAUUUACUUCUAGAAACACUAUAAAUGAAGACUAUAAAUUAAUAAGCUUAGAAUCAAUUUUACCUUCAGUGAAAACAUAAAAAAUGGGAAAUAUAAAUGAUGAUUUUCAUAAAAUGACUUUCACAUAAAAGAAAAUAUAUUAUAAAGAAAUAUUGCUUAAUUAGAAGAAUUCAAAUUAUACGAAACUGAGCAAUGACCUAACAGGUGACUAAAAAAGUUAAAUAAGCUAAAAUCAAGUAAUUUUCAAAGAGAAUUUUGAAAAAUAAAAAAUUAUUUAAGAGAGCAUGCUAGCAAACUAGUAAACAAACAAAAGUAAUAAAAGCAAUCACAAAAUUAAUAUAUAACCUUUCUAGGAAUCUUAUUUAAAUAAGUAUUAACCUAAUGCUUAGCACUCAUCUGUUGAUGAAAAAUAUUUAGUUAACAAAAAUAAGUUAAAUAAAGAAAAAGAGGAGUUGGAAAGGAAGCAGUACUUAAGGAAAGAUUUUCUAGAGUCCAGAAAGAAAGUUAUAUUACAAAAAGAUAUUUAAGAGUAAGUUGCUAAAUUAACAUAAUUAAAAAACCCCUAAGAGUAUAGCUAAAUUUAUAAACUUCUAAACAUUUAUGAUGAAAGAGAAAAUACGAGUGAGCGAAAUAUAUCUUAGCACAUUAAAGAGCAAUCAAUUUCGACAAAAAAUAAGGCUUAGAAUUGUUUUUAAGAUUUAUCAACUCCUAAAAAAAUUGGAUUGCUCAUUCUUACUUAAGCUCAGCAAAGCAAUUCCACUUUAUUUAACAUUAAAAGCAACUAACAACCUAUUCAGUCAUAAGCUGCUAAAUUAGAAAAUAGCAACCAAAUAAAUUAAGUAGCUCCAAUAAGUAACAUUGACAAACUCAUCGUCUAUAGCAGCAGUGAUAAGAACGUUAAACCAUAAAAAUUCAUAACAAAGGAUGAAUAUCUAAAUGAAUGGGUAAAUGGGUUAUAAGGCUUAGAAAUAGAACCAAAAUAAAAUACUAAUAAUAGCAGUAAUAAUAAUAACAUACUUGAAGGAGAGGAUGAAGAUGAAGGUGAAUUAAAUUUUUUUUUGAAAUCUCAAAACUUUUAAUAAAAUUAAAGACAUGUUAUCUAAUAUGAAAAACAAACGAAAGCUAGAAACUCAAUAAGCAGAGAUAUUUAAAAAUCAUAAAUUAAUUAAACUGAAAAGAAAUCUUAAUAAUAAUAAGAUGCUUCAAAUCACAGCAAUAAAACUAUCUUGAAAAUUUUAAGUUACUAGACAAACAAGCAACAGCCAAUUAGCUCAGAUAGCAAAAUAAAAUUAGAAUCCAAUAUUUAAUCAAAAUAAAUAGAUUAAUAGACUUAAAUUAAUUAAUUGAAUGAAAAAGCAAUAAGUGCUUCAUCAUUUGAUAAUAAUGAUAUUGAAAACUAAAACUCAUCUGAAUAGCAAAAAUAAGCAUCAAGCAAAUUCAUUUUAGAAACAAUAAAAGAACCACACCAGCUUUCAGAGCAAAAAAUUAACAAAAACAAAGAAUUAAAAAGCACUUAUCAUCUCAAGGGAAUUAUAAAAUUAGUUAGAGUGAGUGAUACAGCUCAUAAGCAAAUCAAUAUUAGGAUUAUUAUUUUAAUAAAGUAACAAUGUUGA